GUUUGACUCAGGAUGGGGAGUGUGACUGCUCAGACACAGAAUCUUGUCAAUUACAUGGUGCUUUUAUUAUCCUUUUUGUUGAUGCUUGUAAUCGUCAUGGAUUACAAAGCCGGUAUGUUUAGUAAUUCUGAUGGCAUCAAAUAUGGACAUAACUAUAUAGUUGAAAAGGGUGAUCUAGAAGCGGAGAGGUUUGCAUAUGGUAAUUCUGCUUCUCUGAAUGCCAAUUUUGGUGACUCACAAGGCAUGCAAGACUCCACGUUUGUGCAGUCCGUUAAGAGUUCGAAGGCCAAAACGACUGCUGCGAAGCCGCAGGCCAAGCCGAAGCCAAAACCGAAGCCAAAGCCAAAGGCCGAGGUGGUAAGCUCCUCGUUCAAUCCAGAUGAUGUGAUAUUUCCUGCAAAAUGUCGCGAAUCGAGCGCAGGCAUCUACAGUGAGUUAUACCAGCCCAAAUCGCCAGUUUUGCGUUCUGCAUACGUUGCAAAGACCUGGGAAGGGAGCGGGAUUUUUUUUACGAAUUACAUGAAUCGUAACUAUCUCCCCCGCAUCCAGCGACACUCCUCCGAGAUCCGCCCGUUCGUCUACCUCAGCCGUUCGGGCCAGUCCGUCCUCACGCAGAUGAAGGGCGCGUGCGACGUGCUUCUUCUCUCCAUUCUCAACAACCGUCCCUUCCAAUACUACGCCAAUCUUCUCCCGCCCCAUUUCUUCGCCUCUCCGCUACCCAACAUCAUCUACCCGCUCCCAGCUCCGGAUUCUGAAUGCGGUCGACUGCAGCUCUCCGCGUUCCGCAAAGUCCCGUCCAUCGCCGACUACGUCGAUUUGUCGCGUUCCUCCAAGGGCAUCUCCGACGGCAACGAGUUCGCCAAGUUCCACACGGGAACCGUGGGAAUCGCAUCGAAUGGGGACGUUUUUUCGCGGUUUUUCGCGAAUCAUUUUUAUCUGAACCGGAUGAAGGACAUGGUGAAAUCAUUAAAGACGUCGUCGUUCGUGCGGAUGCAGACGAACUGGUAUUCGAUGGCUAUGCCGAAUCUGUUCGCGCCGAGCGAGUAUAUGCGAGCUGAGAUGAAGCCGAUGAUGAUGAUGAUGCAGGAGAAUCGGAUGAUCGGGGUUUGUUUUGAAUUGGAGGCGCUGAUGAAACGGAUGACGCGGGAAGAAGCGAUGAAACGACUGAUGGGGCGAUUUGAUGUGAUCAGAGAAUUGUCGAAUCGGGAAGACGCGAAGGUGUUUUUGGUGACGGACAGCGAAGAAGCGGAGAAGGAGAUCGUGAAGGAGUUCGGAGAGAAGGUAGUGAAGUUUGAAGGGGAGAAAUGGAAGAUGAAUGAAGAGGUCAGCGAGAAGAAGCUGAAGAAUUUAUUUAGGGAGGUUAUGGUGCUGGGGAAGAUUGUGAGGCUUGUGCUGACGCGGAAUGGAGAGUUGGGAACAUUGGCGUUACAUUUGCAUACUAUUAGUCCGAGAGUUUAUUACUUCUAA